AUGCCAACACAAACCCCUCUUCACGACGCCUGCGUCCUAGCCCUCGUCACCCUCGCAGAAUUCUGGGGCCUGGGCGUCCUAACCCCAUUGACAGCCCUUGACGACUCCGAUCUCGAGGACGACUUCAUUCUGGGCAUAGAUGGCCCCAGCGCCGUUGAGCUCCUUGAGCAAGUGCUCGAAGAGUGUCAGACCCUUGACGAAAAGCUCGCGCAGUGGCCCUUCGCGCGGGCGGUAGUCGGCGACCCCGCGCUAACUAGAGCCUUUGACUUGCUGUGCAGUACCGUGGAACUCGCGCAGGAGUGUCGGGAUAUCGGCAGCGAGUGCGUGUCUAUGGAGCUGUCAGAUUUGCACUGUGAGGAAUUCUGCAAGGAUGCCUGGAAACAGAUGGGGGGCCGGUAUCAGUGGUGGGGACAUGAUCUCGCGCGUGAUCUGCCGGGGAGUGACUUCGCGGUGGUGCAGAAUCGCGUGCGGGAGCUGCGAGCGAUACGCAACCUGUAUGAUACGGAAUCAGUGCGUUACGGUCUCGUGGAGCUUCAGGCCGAAAAGGCCAUUUGGAGGAUGCAGCAGCUGUUGGACGGGGUGCACGAUCUAGCGAAGGAGGCUUGGAAGCAGAUAUUGGAUAUCGCGGACAGUGUGAGACAGUCGAGGUUCCGGGAGGCAGAUAGGCUGUUUGAUCCUCAGGAUCAUGUCGCGUUUGAGCUGCAGUGCAUGGCGCAUCUUUUUGCCCGUCGCGAGGAUCCGGUGAUUGAGGACGAGGAGGAGAUUGCGGUGCGAACCCCGGAGACACCGGACAUGCAGACGAAGGUCUUGGCCCUGCGGAAGCACUUGAUCGCGAUGAAUAUGAAGCGCCGCAACCGGUUUCUGCAUUUCCAGAAGCAGGCUGAGCAUGUAGUGUACUCUCUGGAGCACCUUUCGGCCUUCAAAGAGGAUGGCGUGGAGCUGCCAGCGCCGCCUGGGGCGGAGUACUUUUACGGGGGCUUCAAGGAUACCCCGAUAGGCCUCGUCACCAAGCAAACCUCGACCUACGGCUUCACAUGUCCCGCCUGUCUCGACUGCCAGCCUCCCAGGCUCGCGGGGCUGUUUGAAACCUGGAACUAUCAUAUCGAAGACGACCUUCGUCCAUAUAUCUGCCUCGAACCCGACUGUCACGAUUCAAUCUUUUCGGACCUCGCUGAGGAUGGUUCGGCCUGGCAGGAGCAUAUGCUCGACGAGCACUAUUGGACGCUGCCAGCCUGCCCGUUCUGCUGCUGGCCAUCGCAAGUCAAUGCCGUUAUUCCGGAGCACCUGCUUGCCCAUAUUGCGAUUGAGCUCCAGUAUUUUGCCUUGUUGGCUCUGCCCUGGGCAACUUCGCCCCUGACGCAGCCAGAUGCGUUCAAGCAAUGGUAUGAGAGGAGAUAUCCCCGCGAGGCAGUGCUGUGGUAUGACUUGGAACGGCCCCAGCUCGAACAAUUCUACGACUGUUUCCUUGACGACUCAUCAACCCUGAGUUCGACACUCUGA